CCGAAAUUUGAAAAAUUAGCGAGUGGUCUCGCUAAUAGAGUGCACAUUAGCUUCUGGGCAUUGGCUAAUUCACAUAUGUUAAGCGAAUUCUUUAGCUAACGAAGUGCCGAUUAUCGAUGCAUUCGCUAAAAUGCGCAAAAUUAGCGAAUGCACUCGCUAAUCAAAAAGUUCUUUAAGAGAUCUUGAUUAGCUAAUCAAAAACUUCCCUUAAUAUGGGAUCUUGAUUAGCUAACCACGAAAUCCUACUUGGAUAUUACGGCGAUUGUUCGGCGAGGAUUCCAGUCUUCCACCGACGACGAUUUCGGGCUGUCAAUUAAUGCGAAAUGCAUCUGCCAAAAAAAAAUGACGUCAUCAUCUUCUGCGAAACGUCCAUCGGCGAUCCUUGCUACCGAUCGUGCUCAGCAACCGAAGGCUUCUGAUCGGAUUACAGGCUGUCCAAUUUGAUGUCCAUUUCCAGUCACUACAAUUCUUCUCGGUGGUAUUCGAUUCUACAGAUUAAAUGGAGGCGAAAAGCUCUCACUUUAUGUUCAGGAUACCAUACCCUGGACCAAUUGGAAUUUUCUGUUCUUCUUUCAAAAGAAAAUCCUAAAUUUGAAAAAAAUUAUUUCCGAGUAGGUACAAGGCCAAUCGGAGAAUAUGGGCAACUGUGAUACCCGUUGCGCGCCGACAGCCGUGAUAAAAAGGAUAAAGGUCAUUUCAAAAAAUCCUGCGCUUCUGCGCUGACACACACACACACGGACGCCGCUAUAUAUAAGACCCUCCAUCACUCAACAUCUGACUCCAAUCCUGUUAGGAGCAUGUCCAUUUCAGCCGUCAUCAGUGCUGGGAUUCCUUACUUCAUUGGGGUCUACCUUCUAACUUUCUGCGGGUGCGUCGGAUCGCUGGCGAUUAACGGGAUCGAAUGGGUGGACUACGAAUCGAAUUCCUUUGAUAAUUCAGGAGCGGUGCUCGGCUUCCUGAUGGACAUCCCCCAAGUCCAAGGCGAGGAGGAAUCGUUUCUCAACAGCAGCGGAAGGUUCAAAUCGGAAGAAAAUCUCACCGUUCCUACGGUCGAAUAUUUUCUGAUGCCCGUUUGGGUGUACUGGUCGGCCAGCGCUUAUUUGCUCUUCAUCAGCAUCGCCGGACUGUUUAUGAACAUUGUCGUCGUCAUCAUCAUCCUCAGCGACUCGCAGAAGAUGACACCCUUGAACUGGAUGCUGCUCAACUUGGCUUGCUCCGACGGAGCCAUCGCCGGUUUCGGGACGCCCAUAUCAGCCGCCGCCGCAUUAAAGUUUACUUGGCCUUUCAGUCACGAAUUAUGCGUGGCUUACGCCAUGAUUAUGUCAACUGCAGGAAUAGGAUCAAUCACCACUCUAACAGUAUUGGCUUUAUGGCGGUGUCAGCACGUCGUCUGGUGUCCUACCAAUCGCAAUGGCAACUUCACCGAUCCAAACGGCCGGCUGGACCGUCGUCAAGGAGCUCUCCUAUUGACAUUCAUCUGGACUUAUACCCUGAUCAUCACUUGCCCUCCGCUUUUCGGGUGGGGCCGCUACGAUCGCGAAGCAGCUCACAUCAGCUGUUCAGUCAACUGGGAAUCGAAAAUGGACAACAAUCGCUCCUACAUCCUCUACAUGUUCGCCAUGGGACUGUUUAUUCCGCUGAUGGGCAUCUUCGUCUCCUACAUCAGCAUUGUAUUCUUCAUCCACAAGACGAGCGAAAUGAGGAGGAAACUAAGGACGACUCUUCAAACGACGACGACUAACAACGCCCAACGACAGAGUCAACAGACCAGCAACAAUAGCGACACGGUGGAGAAGCGAGUGACGUUCAUGGUGGCCGUCAUGAUUGGAGCUUUUCUUACCGCUUGGACUCCCUACUCCAUUAUGGCACUCGUGGAAACGUUCAUCGGGGACAAUGUUACCCAUGACUCGGUUUCAUCGGAAACCAAAUUUUAUGCCGGAACUAUUUCACCAGCUGUAGCGACGGUCCCCUCCCUGUUCGCUAAGACGUCAGCUGUUCUCAAUCCUCUUAUCUACGGACUCCUCAAUACCCAGUUCCGGACGGCUUGGGAGAAAUUUUCGUCCAGGUUCCUGGGUCGAAAGAAACGCCAUCAACGCAGCCAGAUGGCGAUGGGCGUUAGCCACAAACGUCGUCGAGAUUACCUGAGGACAUUACUCAAUCGUCCCGGAUCUGACGAGCCGGCGAUUGUCCAGCACCCGUCAACAAAAGAAAUGGCUUCCUCGCAAGGCGUUUCCGGCGUUGUGGUCAGCAACCUUGACAUCCCACGGGCUCCAAACAAUUCUUUCGUAACUGUCAACGAUGAAUAGUGUCUGGUAUGGUGUACCGUGGUGUCUGGAACGAUUUGUGUAUUGGACACCUGAAUCAACCGUCUCGAUUGUGUGGUAUGUAUGGUGUGCGACCUUUGCGAAAGAUGUACAAAUUAUUCUUACCAAUAUCUCCUUUUGGCCCACUAAUAAUCAAACAUUUCCCAACUCAUAGACACAUAGUCACAUUUUACAGUUCUUUGUAAGCCUUCGUUAUUUGGAAGGCAGUUUAAAGUUAUUAUGUGAUGUUUAUUGAUUUGCAACUAGCCAUUUUAAUCUUUAAUAUGUACAUGUAUCGGAGCGUGUGAUAUUUGAUAAGCUCAACUGUUUGUUAUUAUUUACAGAUAAUUAUAUUGUAGUCUCCUCUCAUACUCAAUUUAAAGUUAAUUAUGUGUCCUUUUCAGUGGUUGUGCAAUGUGCAUAUCAAAUCUUUCAAUUUUUCUUCUGCAACAGCAUUUAAGACAUUUACAAUUUCACAGGUUAUACAACAUCUGAUGUUUAUAUUGUGCAUCAUUACAUAUGAAUUAUGCUUCCCUCUAUACGUACAUGGAUGUUGAGUGGAAUAAAAAAUAAUGUAAAAUUUAA